AUGGUGAACUUCAAGAACCUCGCCGUCGCUGCGACUACCCUCUUCGGGCUCGUCAACGCUGCUCCUACUGCUAAGGUUGACUCUAGCAAGGUCAUCCCUGGCAAGUACAUCGUCACUCUCAAGUCUGAUAUCGCUGCUGCAGAUGUCGAGAGCCAUCUCAGCUGGGUUGGCGAUGUCCACAAGCGUGGCUUGAACGAGCGUGCCGAGAAGGGUGUCGAGCGCACCUACAAUGGCAAGUAUGGCUUCCACGGCUAUGCUGGCUCUUUCGACAAGAGCACCAUCCAGGAGAUCAAGGAGAGCCCCGAUGUUGCUAUCGUUGAAGAGGAUCGUGUCUGGACUAUCAACAUGGUCGAGGAGGACGAAGAGGAGUCUCUUUCCAAGCGUGCCCUGACCACUCAGACCGGUGCUCCUUGGGGUCUCGGCACGGUCUCUCACCGUACCAGCGGAUCUACCAGCUAUAUCUACGAUACUGCUGCUGGUACCGGAACCUUUGCCUACAUCGUCGACACUGGUAUUCGGGCUACUCACAACGAGUUCGAGGGCCGCGCCCAGGCUGUCUACACUGCCUUCAGCGGCGACAAUGCCGACACUGUUGGUCACGGCACUCACGUUGCUGGUACUAUUGCCGGAAAGACCUACGGUGUUUCCAAGAAGGCUACCAUCCAGGCCGUCAAGGUUUUCCAGGGCAGCUCUUCUAGCACCUCUAUCAUCCUUGCUGGUUUCAACUGGGCUGCCAACGACAUCAUCUCCAAGGGCCGAACCACCAAGUCUGUUGUGAACAUGUCCCUCGGCGGUGGCUACUCUGCUUCUUUCAACAACGCCGUCCAGUCUGCCUCCAGUUCCGGUAUUAUCUCUGCCAUUGCUGCUGGCAACGAAGGCGCUAACGCUGCCAACACCUCUCCUGCUUCUGCUCCCAGUGCCAUCACCGUUGGUGCCAUCGACAGCACCUGGACCAUCGCCUCUUACUCCAACUACGGCACUGUUCUCGACAUCUUUGCCCCCGGUACUGGUGUUCUCUCUGCUUGGUACACCAGCAACAGCGCCACCAACAGCAUCAGCGGUACUUCCAUGGCUACUCCCCACAUUGCUGGCCUUGUCCUUUACGGCAUCUCCGUCAACGGUGUCUCUGGUGUCACUGGCGUUACCAACUGGCUCAAGUCCGCUGCCACUUCUGGCAAGAUCUCUGGCAACCUUCGCAGCUCCCCCAACCUGAUUGGUAACAACGGCAACACCUCCCAGUAA